CGCGGAGCGGCAGGCGGCGCGCGGCGGCAGCUGUGUUUUUGUGGACAACCCCCACCUGGACACCCUGGACGAGGACGUCCUGUACCACCUGGCCCUGGGAACCUCCACCCACGACCUGCCCGCCAUGUUCGGGGACGUCAAAUUUGUGUGUGUUGGCGGCAGCUCCCGCAGGAUGAAGGCGUUCGCUCGCUUCAUGGCGGCGGAGCUCGGCCUGCCGGACGCCGAGGCCGACCCCCCCAACAUCUGCGCCGGAACGGACCGCUACGCCAUGUACAAGGCCGGGCCCGUGCUGUCCGUCAGCCAUGGCAUCGGCGUCCCGUCCAUCUGUGUGGUGCUGCACGAGCUGCUGAAGCUGCUGCACCACGCUCGCUGCACCGACGUCACCGUCAUCCGCAUCGGCACCUCGGGGGGAAUCGGGCUGGAGCCGGGCACCGUGGUGGUCACCCAGCAGGCCGUGGACGGGGCCUUCCAGCCCAGGUUUGAGCAGAUGAUCCUGGGGAGGCCGGUGGUCCGCGGCACGGAGCUGGACGGCGGCCUGGUGGCGGAGCUGCUGCUGUGCGGCAGAGAGCUCAGCCAGUUUGAGACGGUGGCAGGAAACACCAUGUGCACCAUGGACUUCUACGAAGGCCAGGCCCGUCUGGACGGAGCGUUCUGCUGCUUCUCCGAGCGAGACAAACAGGAAUACCUGGCCAGAGCGUACGAGGCCGGAGUCCGCAACAUCGAGAUGGAGGCGCUGGUGCUCGCCGCCAUGUGCAAGCUGGGCGGCCUGCAAGCGGCGGUGGUGUGUGUGACGCUGCUGGACCGGCUGCAGGGCGACCAGCUGAGCGGCUCCCAUGAGCUCCUGGAGAGUUUCCAGCAGCGUCCGCAGCGGCUGGUCGGGCUCUUCAUCCGGAAGCGGCUGCAGGCCUCGGGCUCCGUGUAGCCGCCGGCAGCCUCGGGCUCCAGAUGGCCGUCCGUCACUCCUCUGUGCUCCUUCAAAUCCAACGUGCCUCUGACCAGCGCAGGGAAGGAACUAGCUACAUGGAAUCAAUUUACAAAUUAAAUGUAGCUGUAAUCAGUUACAGUUACUGAGAAAAAUGUAAUUAAACCAGUUACUAAUCAAAGUGUUGGUGGUUAUAAAGGAGUUGCAUCUGAAUAUAUUAUUAUUGUUAUUACAUCACUUGUUACAUUUGUAACAGCACAACUAGUAAUGUGUAACCCUCCCAGGACUGCCUCUAACACAGCUUUACAUGUUAUUUUAUAUUGUGUAAAGUUACUUUUCCUAAACCUCAAACCACUUCAAUACUGGUGUUGUGGCUGUAAUAUAUUAUUAUAUUAUUAUAUUAUUACUAUACAUCAUUAUUAUGGUAUGAUAACAGUAUUAUGAUAAUCUGUCUGAGUUUUUUUUAUGAAAACUGUUUCUGUGCCAAAUGAGUUUGUGCCUUUGUAUCUCUGGAGGGUUUUUCUAUUUUGGAUGUUUACACAAUCUGUUGCUCUGUGGAUUUAUGAAUUUAUUCUGGGGGUUUUUCAACAUGCUUGAUUCAGAAACUGAUGCAGAGACAGCAAAUGUUUAGUAGGUGUCUUAUUAUUAAACUGUAAGAGGAAACUCUGAGGUUUGUUUUGACUAUUGACUCAUUAAAAUAGCAUUUACACUUUAUUUGCAUAUGGGUGAAGUUAGAGUUUUGGAUAAAAUAUCUACAGCUUUAAGGUGUUAGGAGGCUUUCACAAGGUUGAACUUUGUCACUCAUCUGUAAAACAAUUAGCUGCAGUAACUUCUGUAUAUUUUUACAUGUUUUUAUAAAUGCAACACAAUUUAAAUCCACACUCAGAUGUUAGAAAGUUUUUUGUCUUGAAGGUGUAACUCAGUUUCUGCUCUGA